AUGAAAACUGAAGCCUUUCCAAAAGCAUAUCGCCAUAUUUCAGACGGUAACCCCAGCGAGGACUACUUCAUUUUCCUUGGAGUCGUUAUUCUUGGAGUCCUCGAUGUCAGGAUUCUAAAGGAGAAUGCUCAUGAGUUUGUUGCCAAGUGGCCAGUCCUCGGUGGACAGCAAAUAAAAACUACGUCGCCCUUCACCUUCACCACCGGUACAACUGUCGACUUCGAAUCGCGGCACAUCCCGUCGGAGCUCAACGAUAUUCUCGCAAUCGACAUUUCUCUAUCUCCUACCACAACCAAGAAGGCUUCCUACAGAUCCUAUAAUAACAAUUCUGCCUCUAACGAUGACCUGUUUCACUUUAGCUCUACUUUCAAUCCGCCACCCAACAUUUUUGUUAUACGUGUUACCACCCUCAAUAAUGCAACGUUGUUAGGCUUUCAAACAACUCACGCACUAUGUGAUGCUCAAGCACUCUACGAGGUUGUCAAGUCCUAUCGGGACCUUGUUUCUGGGCUCGAUAUACCAAAGAUUGUACUCUCGCCGGCCGUAGAGAUUCCUUUAUCGACACUCAUUGAAGAUCCCCUUGACCUUGACCAUCAAUCGGAGAGUGCCUUUCUUGGUGCUCCACUCGUAUUCAAUCCUUUCACUAUAUUGUCAAAAGCAGAGGUCGAUGUCAAGUGGUAUGACAAACAGGUUGAGCUAGCCUCACGGGAAAAGGGAAAGGAACUAUACGUUCAUCUCACCGCAAAUCUAGUACAAGGCUGGCAGGACGAUUGUCAGAGAGAGAUUGAGGAAGCUGCAUCAUCGGGAAUGCUGGAGGAAGCUUCAGGGAUCAAGUUAACAAAGAACGAUGUUUUAACGGCAUGGUUUCUGAAGGAGAACUACGCCACUUCCGGGUCAAAGGCGAUCGAGCUUAGCUACAGCUUCAAUUACCGAAAAGCUCUACCUUCUCUGUCUGAGGGAACGACAUACCUGCAUAACAGCUAUUACGACCUACUUAUCCCUUUUCCCGACAUUAAUAGUCUGCCGCUUUCACGAAUUGCGCUAGUGAUACGCCUUGCUGUCUUACUGAAUAGUCAACCAGGCGUUGUUAGGAACAUUCUAAGAUUCUGGGAGGGUGCAAAGGGUGGGGUCACUCCGGGACCUCCAGGAUGCAAGAUCAGAGACCUGGUGUAUGUAACGUCGUGGACAAGGUUUAAUUUAAUUGGGAUGGACUGGAGUGCUGCUUUGGCGGGCCCCGGUGAAGGAAAGGUGGUAUGGGCUUCUCCGUCUCUGCCGAUGGGAGAUCAGGCGUCGAUAAACUACAAACCGUUCGCGAUCACCAUGAAAGAUGGAGCGGAAGGUUACUGGGUUAGGGCGUGGACCUUUGAAGAUGGACACAAGGAGCAUUGA